AUGGGGCACGGCAAUGAAACUCAGAACCGGGACGCUGGCGGGUCGCUCCUCGGAGCGGUUCCGCCUCGCCUGGGCAACGGUACGCUCCAUGCUCACGUUUCCGUUCCCCCAAUCUAUCGAGUUCACGCUGCUGACGAUGAUUCCCAAACUCAUAAUCCCCCAUUUCCUAAAAUGGAAUUCCCCAAAUUCGAUGGAUCUAACCCCCGUUGGUGGCGGGACCAAUGUGAAUUGUAUUUCGAGGUGUAUGCCGUUCAAGCAUCGAUGAAGACGCGCUUCGCCGUGCUCAAUUUCAAGGGGGCCGCGGCGAAUUGGCUGCAGACGGUUCAACGGCGUGGUCGGAUUCGGGACUGGGACCAGCUUUGCAACCUGGUGCUGGCCAAAUUUGAUAAGGACCAGUACCAGAUCCUGCUGCGGCAACUGGAUUCGCUGAAGCAGACCGCGUCCGUGAUGGAGUAUCAUGCAGAGUUUGAGAAACUAGUGCAUGGGGUCCUUCUGUACACCCCAGCAAUCGACGACACCUUUUUCGUCACGUGGUUCAUCAAUGGCCUUCAUGAUGACAUCAGGUCUCCCAUUCUGCUCCAUAGGCCCGGUGAGAUUGAUACGUCUAGUGCCCUCGCCUUGAUUCAGGAGCAGGAGUUGGACCAGGGGCGCACCAAAUCCUCUGGGCGGGAUUUCACCAGAGGGGUGGCCCGAGCGUCAUCAGGAAUGGACAAGAAUAAACAGAUUGAGCAAGCAAAACAAGUGCCACCAAGGACCGAUGCUGAUGAUAAACCGGCAAGUCUGAAGUCCUUACGACGCAGCAAUGGGCUCUGCUUCAAGUGUGGCGAGAAAUGGAGUCCUGCUCAUAAAUGUCCUCCUCAUGUUUCUCUGCAUGUGCUCGAGGAGAUAUUGGAUGCCUUGGAUAUUGUAGAAGGUAAUGAAGAUUUGGACAGCGAAGAGGAAGCUAUCUCUGACGAACAAGAACUGUGGAUGCUACUAUGGGACAACCUAACACUAAUGAAAUAUAACCACAAGAGGUUGCAGGAAGAUUAUGAGGAUGAUGACCAUGCUAAGCAACUUCUAACAGAAUUAGCUGUAGCACCUGACAGCGACACAGAUUAUACAUUGCACAAUGGAGUUCUGAGAUUCAAAGGCAGGCCAUAUGUUCAGUCUACAGUGGCGUCUCGGUCCAAUCAGAAACUCUCCUUCAGGUUCUAUGGACCUUUCAAGAUCCUUCAGCGAGUUGGUCAGGUGGCCUACAAGCUUGAUUUACCAGCUGAUGCCAAGAUACAUCCAGUGGUGCACGUAUCUCAGCUGAAGUGGCACAUCCCAGCUACUGCAUCCGUAAGUUCUGACCUAUCAACUGUCAGCUCUGAUCCUACACAGAUUCAGUGGCCACGGCGCAUCCUGGCAAGGCGAUCUAUCCGACGCGGCGACUCAGUGGUUCCACAAUAUCUCAUUCAGUGGGGAGAGCUACCACCCGAGAUGACCACAUGGGAAGACGCCAAGAUGCUAUCAGACCACCUGGAGGUGAUGCAAGUGUGA